AUGAACAAGCCUUUAAAUAUAGACGAAUUUUGUAAAUAUCACACAUACAAGCCAAAUAAAUAUAAGAAAAGCCCAAAAAAAAUCGAAUAUUCAAGUGAAAAGACAGCAACUGAGAUUCCAUGUGAAAGCCAAAAAAAACAAUUAGAAAAAAAGAAAAAAUAUCCUUAAUUUUAAGUAGAAUUAUAUGAAAAAAUAAAGGCAUUUCGUUAAAAAAACAACUAAACUCCUGUAGAUUUAUUAGGAGCUCAAUAAUAAGGAGACAUAUCUUUACCUUAGAACGAUUUUUAAUUUUAAUUGUUGAUUUCUAUUUUAUUAAGUGUAUAAACAAAAGAUGAAAUAACUGAUUAAGUAAUGAAAAAAGUUGAAAAAAAUAAAAUCACAAUUUAGAAAAUAAACUAAAUGUCUGAAAGUUAAAUUUUAUAGAUAAUACAGGAAGUAAAUUUUAAUUAAAAAAAAGCUACUUUUAUCAAAAAUGCCGCAAAAAUUAUUACUGAAUAAUUUUAAGGAUAAGUGCCAGAUAAAUAUGAAGACUUAAUAUAAAUUAAAGGAAUAGGACCCAAAGUUGCACAUUUAUUUUUAUAAAUUGCACAAUAAAAAAACAUAAGGAAUUGCUGUUGA